CUGUCUUGAAGGAGCUGACAGCACAGGGAGCAGGCAAUCCGCUUACUGAGCGUUCGGAUGAAACGUUCGAUGCAUUUCUCCUCUUACGUCCGUCGCGUUUGCUUACUGGACGACUAGUUUUAAACGAGCGGGUCUGCAGAGCUGUCUGUUGUUUGUUGAGAAUAUCCACCGGACAGUGUGAGAAAAAAAAAUAUCGAGGAAAUUAUUUGACCCGGGGACAUAUUAUUUUGUGAAUCGAAGGACAGAUUCCAGUUGAAAUGUUUGUUAAAUUUGGAACCCAGUUCCACUUGCUUUUUUUAAUUCUAACAAUCGAGGUCUCCGUGACGAACAUAUAUGGCCAAGAGCUGAGCACACAGGUCAUCUACAGAGGAGGCGACUCGGAGAAGGAGAGAGAACUCAAUCUGGACCCGGAUGGCGGCGGCGGGCAGGACGUCACCACCCUCUCGCCGCUGAGCGACCCCGCCCGGCAGCCUCACCUGAAGGGCCUGCUCUUCCACGAGUCGGUGCUCACCAAAGACUUCAGCGGAGACCAGCACUUCUUCCAAGACGAGCGUCCGCCCGCCCCGCCCGCCUCCACCCCGAGUUCCGCCGACGGGGACUCCUCCUCCUCCCACCGUGUGCCACACGAGGAAGCCCCCGCCUUCUCCGACAUCGCCACCACUGUCACCAUGGCCGCCACGUCCCCCAUGACGACGGUUACCACGGCGUCCAGCAUCUCAGGGAAGCUUGUUUCUGUGGCACGAAAGGGGACCACCAAAGACGUGGACAGGAAUGCUGAAAAGGCACCGCCAACGACUCAAGCCCUGACGACACCUGUCAUUCAAACCACCUCCUCACCAAUCAGUGUCCAGGGACACACCCAUUCUCCUUCAGAGGGGGCGGGACUCUCCAAUCAUAAACCAAUCACCAUAAAAAGCACGCUGGCACCCCUGGCCCUAACGACUUCAGUCAUGCGGGAGAAGUUUAACGUUAAUGAGUCAGAGACAACAAACACUACAGGCAACUCCAGGGCUGUCACAACAGUGAAAUCUCAGUCAUCAGUGGAUGCGGAGACGACAACAAGCACCAUCACUACGACUGUCAUCACCACAAUGCAGUCAUCAGCCCCAUGUGCCAUGAACUUCACAGACCAUGAGGGCUAUAUUGAGAUGCCGCCACAGGACGCAGCAGGAUAUGACACCAGCGACUGCACCUACCUGAUCACAGUUUACCUGGGCCACGGCAUAGAGAUCCAGGUGCUGAAUGUGAGCCUGCUGGAGGGAGAGCAGGUGACUGUGGAGGACCUGGGGGCCCUGGAGCCGUCGCUGCUGGCCAACGCCUCCGUGCUGAAGAGGGGCCUGGUGCUGCGCAGCUCCAGCAACCAGAUCUCCAUCCGCCUCAGCACAGAGCAGCGCCAGCACUCGGGCUCUAUCAUGCUCCGAUACCAAGCCUUUGUGCUAAGCUGUGGCCUGCCGAAGAGGCCAGCCAAUGGUGAGGUGACAGUCAGCAGCCUCAAUGUUGGAGGGGAGGCCUUCUUCUUCUGCCUGACCGGUUACCAGCUUCAGGGCUUUUCCUCUCUCACCUGCCGCAACGCCACCGCCCCCUACUGGAGUGGCAGAGAGCCCAAAUGCCAGGCCUCAUGUGGAGGAAUGAUUAAAAACGCAACGCUGGGUCAACUCGUCUCUCCUGGGUUUCCAGGCAACUACAGUAACAACCUGACCUGCCACUGGGUGCUGGAGGCCCCUGAGGGCCACAGGCUCCAUGUGCACUUUGAGAAGGUGGCCCUGGCCGAGGACGACGACAGGCUCCUCAUCAAGAAUGGAAACAACAUCGACUCGGUGGUGGUGUACGACUCCUACGAGGUGGAGUACCUGCCCAGCGAGGGUGUGCUGAGCACGGGCCGACACUUGUUCGUGGAAUUCACGACCGACGCCAGCGGCACCUGCACCGGAGCCGCCAUCAGAUAUGAAGCUUUUGCACAGGGCUCAUGCUACGAGCCGUUUGUGAAGUACGGGAACUUCUCCAGCAGCGAUGUGGCCUUCGGGGUCGGAGCCGUGGUGGAGUUCUCCUGCGACUCGGGCUACACGCUGGAGCAGGGCUCCGUGACCAUCGAGUGUGUGGACGCAGAGAACCCACAGUGGAACGAAACCGAGCCCGGAUGUAGAGCCGUCUGCAGUGGAGAGAUCACAGACUCCGCGGGGGUGGUGCUGUCUCCAAACUGGCCCGAGGCCUACGACAAGGGCCAGGACUGCAUCUGGGACAUCCACGUGGAGGAGGACAAGAGGAUCAUGCUGGACAUCCAAGUCCUCCAUCUUGGUAAAAACGACAUGCUGACCUUCUACGACGGAGACGAUCUGACGGCCAACAUCCUGGGCCAGUACAGUGGAACACUGCCCCGCUACAAGCUCUACACCUCCAUGGCCGACGUCACCAUCCAGUUCCAGUCCGACCCGGCCACCAACAUCUACGGAUACAACAACGGUUUCGUGGUACAUUUCUUUGAGGUCCCCCGUAACGACACGUGUUCAGAGCUGCCUGAGAUCAUGAACGGCUGGAAGAGCACCUCCCACCCAGACCUGAUCCACGGCACCGUGGUUACCUACCAGUGUUACCCCGGUUACCGGCUGCUGGGCUCCGAGGUGCUCAUGUGUCAGUGGGACCUCACCUGGAGCGGAGACGUGCCCACCUGUGAGAAAGUGAUGACGUGCUCUGACCCUGGGUCUGUGGAGUACAGUCAUCGGGUCAUCACCGGGUCUCGUUUCGUGGUGGGCUCCAGCGUCCAGUACAUCUGCAACAAGGGCUACUUCCUGUCCGGGAGCAGCCUCGUCACCUGCUACAGCCGCGACGUCGCAGAACCCAAAUGGAGCGAGCAGCUGCCCAAGUGUGUCCCCGAUAAGUACGAGCCCUGCAGGAACCCUGGCGCCCCCUCCACUGGUGUCCAGAGCCCUGAGAAGGCCUUCUACCAGGCAGGGGAGACCCUCAGCUUCUCCUGCAGGACCGGCCACGAGAUACAGGGGGAGGCCACCAUCCGCUGCGUCCCUGGACACCCCUCUCAGUGGAGUGGCACGCCCCCUGCCUGCAGAGCUUCCUCUUCAGACUACGUGAAUGAGCGGCGGUUAGAAGUUGAAAGCUCUGACGCAGGCACAGGCACCAACAUAGCCAUAGCGGUGACGCUUCCAGUAGCAGUUGUUCUGGCAGUGAUGUUUGUGAUGUACGUCUUCUUCUCCAAGCUGCAAGGGAAAUCUCUGCACAUGCCCACCUCCUCACUGCCCCCCUAUGACAACAUGACUGAGGAGUCAGCCUUUAGCAAUCCCAUUUAUGAGGCUGGAAGGAACCACGAGGUGAGGUCUCUCAUAGGGCCUGAAUGUCAGCAUUAAGUCAUGUCACGACCAAGCCACUAUCCUGCAUCUCUGUUGAGUCCGUCCAUCAGUCUUUGUCACUUUGUGUAGGACUAUGACGACUCUCCAUCUGCGCUGUGUCUUGUCAGCGGCCCGAGUGAACACACAGACACAUACACACACAAUAUGAAGCUCAACAACUCAUAUUGUCUGCAGAACCCAAUCGUGUCAAGUCAUGCAUAGGUUUAUGCAUAUGAACAGUUUGCAUCGGUCUAGUGUUGGUUCUCCCAUUCUCUGCAUAUGACAGCGUUCUGUUCAACGUCUGUAAUUGCAUGUGUCAUAUCAUUGUUUUUUGGCUUUCUUUUUGUCUCACCAUGUUUUGUAAGCAUGAAACCGUAUUCAGGUCAUAUGUGCAUCUCAAUUAGGAUUUACUCACUGUCCAUCGUCUCUGGUAUUGUCUCACACUAAAUAAUCAAGCAGAAUUAAAUCAAGCUUCUUUUAUCUCUGAUUUAGAUCAGGUUUCAUUCCAUAAAUGCAUAUUUUACAUUGCAGUCAGAUCUGAUUUUGCUGUUGUUGCGUUAUGUAUUAUUUAUGGUCAUUAGAUCUGUCUGAAUUAUGUACAGUCUUAUUAGCUUUAUCUAGGGCAAUAUAAGAUCACUUCCCUGCCUGAUCCCUUUGCACUUGAAUGAUCUUACUUAGUGAUGUUUCUUUGACUUCCACAGGAAAGAAGACAAUAUGAGGUGUCAAUCUAGAGAAAGUUCAGGCAGGGAAGGUCCAGUGCGCACACACACACAAACAAACAAGGCCUUGCCUUGUGACCCUUAACCCCGUGCUCCUGCCUUUUCGUACUCUCCAUCCCCUCCUCCCCCUGGAUCCUGUAAAUACGUUUUCUCCAAAGGACCUUAUGAGCUCUGUACAGACCAGACUGUGGGCAACAUGAUAUUAUUUUUGUAAAGAUUCGCUGACAACGGCUUAUCCUCAUUGUGUUACCCUCUCUGAUGAUCCUACAAGAAAGCCCCAUGUUUUGAAAAUGACACACUUAUGCACAGAUUUCCAAUGAUCCUUUUGUUAUUCCGAUCACUUCGCUUCAUCUGAGACCUCACAGGAAGCUGGAUGUCUGUUAACUCAUUUGCAGUGAUUCCACAGGACCAUUGUACACAUAACGCAACUCAGUCUGCUGUAUUUCACACAAAAAAAGGUAUUAUAGAAUAUCUGCAUGGGGUUUGUCUUUCCUAAACGUUUUGUGAAUAAACUCGGUCUCCAAAAGAAAAUGUGUCUGGUGUCCUCACUAGAGGCUCAACACAACAGUGUUUAUUUGAAUAAAUGCAUUUUCUGCAUAUUGCAUUUUUGUUCACAAUGCUUGUUUUCAUUUCUACAUGUUUUACUCCGUGUAAGGAUGGCAAAGAGUCAGUUACUAAAAAACAUUAUGUUGUUUUCGCCACAGCCAUGUUGUGUUUUGAGUUUUCUUAUUAAAAAGCCAGAAAUUAAAAUGAA